CAAAACGACAGCUUUAGUAGCCAUAGUAAUCAGUUAACAAGCAAGAGAAGCGAAUUCAUAGAGUAAGAGAUAAGUACAGCCAUGACCGCUUUUGUCGUAGUCGCCUUCUUGUUCGCUGCCGUCCAGGCCGGAGGCGUUGCCUAUGAAGGACUUGUUACUGCUCCCGCCUAUGGAGCUGCUCAUUUAGCAGCCCCCGUCGCUGCUGUUCCGGUUGCUUCGCACGAGUACAUUGCUGCUGCUAAGACGUUUCCUACCCCAGCUUACGAUUAUGCCCAUGCCGCUCCUGUUGCCAAGGCAGCAACCGCUGUCCCUGUUUAUGGAUUUGCGGCUCCGGCUAUUACCCGCUCUUCCGUAGCGAACUACGCCCCUAUCGCUAAAUCCGUCACAUACGAACAACGCGCAUAUACACAAACUGCUCCUGUCACGAAAGGCGCUAUCGCCGCCCCCGCUUACGGAUACGCGCAUGCUGUUCCCAGCACAGAUAAGGCGACCAUCGCCGCGCAGACCGCUUACACCAGCUACGCAGUUCCCGCCUUGGCCGCUCCGGCUGACGGUUAUGGCACUCCCGCUUUUCCUGCACCCCUGACCAGGACCAGCUUCGCCGCCCCUGUGGCUUCAUACAGUUAUGCUACUCAUACCCCCGCGUAUGGCUAUGCUCAUGGUACGCCUGUUGCCAAGGCAACGACUGCUGCUCGUGUAGCUUCAUACGGAUAUGCUCACAACGCACCAACUUAUGACCAGGUAGCAUAUACUGCGCUCAUCAGUAAGAUGGCUGUUGCCUCCCCCGCUGUCACGGGUGCCUCCGUUGAUUCGUACGGAUAUGCCACCAAGACAUUAGCCGCCCCUGCAGCCAAAGCAGCUAUCGCCGCUCCAGCCCAAGGGCAUUAUUAAAUUUGUCGCUUCUCGAACCUAACCGGGGACGACUAGUAUCAGAUAGCCCUGUGAUAAUAUCUGUCUAUAAAGAACUACCUAUAUGUGAAUGCACAUAUAUUUUUUUGCACAUAAAAGCGUUUGUAUAAAAAUCAAGCAAGAACAGACAGGAAUAAUCUAUAUAAGUGUCAAUAUGAAUAGAUGUGUAUUGGGGUAAUAGAUAGAUAUACACGCAUGGAUAUGCGGGAAACGUAUUUUUUUAUUUACAAAUUGUUUUUGAGUUUCUGAUAUUUGUCUUUAUACAAUGAUCUUGACAAUUUUGAAUACGAUGAACUUAACUCAUUCAUCUGCAAGGAUUCGUACACGUAUUAUGACACAGUGGAACUAUGUCUUUACUGUGGUUGAUAGGCCAUGACCCUUUCGUUUCAAGCAAACAUAACAAUAUUCAUGUAUUCAAUAAUAUAACUAAAUUUGAAUGUCGUAAGUAUUAUCUCUUUUAUACUCUUAUCAUUAUUCCUUGUUUUUAUACUCCGUAUAUGCAUCCCUUGCCAACAUGCUCGUUCUAAGUGACUUACUCUUCUUCGAUUGUUGGCAUCGGCUACAGCGAACUAUGGAAAGUCACCGCUGCUUCCGUUCUAACCUGGAAACUACCUCGUAGAAAGAAGUGAGUAGUUAAAGGACUUCACUCACCGGAGCAUCGAAUUUUGCUGAGUGAGUACUGAAAAUGUUCAAGUAGGAGUAAAGUAAAGGUUGUGGGGAAAAAGCGAACGGGCAGCUGCUGCGAGGAUCGACAGUGCCAACUUAAAGUGCUUAUGAAACGGAACGAGGUCCUAGAUGCCUUUAGGCCGUGAAACGAACAUAGAAGGAACACAAGGAUCAACCUUGAGUUUUCAGUGCUGCAUCGUGACUGAGGCGGAAACGCAGGUAGCGAGAAACGGGAACUACUGGCCGGAGUAUUGAUAUAGAACUCCUCGUAUCAGAGUCUUGAUUGAUUAUCGGUAAGGCGCACGAGGGCCGAACGCAAUCGUGGGACCAAAUUCACACGCUUCAUGGAGCGUUAACACUAAGGACCUGUUCAUGAACUAAAAUGACACAUGCGUUUUCGCUAUCCGCAGGCUAUACGAAUAUUUUGUCUGUGGGUGCUUCUGAAGGAAGGCAAAAAAAAAAACGCUAAUAUUGUACUUGUCUCGGAAGGUGAAGAGGAAAAAAUCCGAAUCAGAAAUGCUCUUUAUAUAAAAACGCAGUGGAAUCAAAGAUCACUGAAACUAUUGACUAGCUAGUCUGGCUUGCGCGGAUGGAAUUAACUUAGAGCUGUUAUCAUGCCGCGGAAAUGAACAUUUAUAGGUAUAAAGACAGAUACUGAUGAUGUAUCGCAAUUUAGCAAAACGAGUUGUCAAUUCAAAUCUGCACUGGUAAUAUAACGCAGCGCUUGACACCCAACCAUGAGGUUGUAUAUUUGAUGUCCAGUUGACACCCAGUGAUAUUUGCGUUAUAAUAUUAGCAUAUCGGGCUGUGCCUUUGACAAAGGGGAAUGAUACUGAAUCAGAAACUCUUAACACAUUGAAAGGUAUCCCCACUCCGUUACGGGUCCUAACAUUGGCGUAGCCAUUAGUGUUGGAAGAUUUUUGCCCUGCGCCAAACAGAUUGCAAUACUAGAAGCCAAUAGAAAAGUUUUGACACUUAAACAUGUUACUGCCACUGAUUUUCGCGUGUUGUUUCUAGUAAAACGGUAGCAUUAUCGACUCAAUGCUAGGCAAGUGAAACAAACAAGCUGGAUUCUAAGACGACUGUUUAUUCGAAAACUAAUACGUGCCGCUUGUCAAGAAAUCUUCAAAGGCUAUAUACGAGAGGCGCUUAAAUUAGGACAAACUUAGUGGGGUAACGGGCAUGCGUUCAUCCGCUACUUCUGACAGCACACAAAAACCAUUUCUUUCCACGACCAAACAGCAAAUUCGUUGUGAACAGCAACCAUACGUUAUUUCUGAAAUUGGGGUGAAGAUCAGCUGUUAUCCAAUCUUUGCGUUCUACACAAACCCUUUUGGUUCACUCAAAAUCGACAGAUCACCGUGUCGAAGCUGCGGAAAAAGGAAAAGGGCAUGUUCCAGUACAGGUCAACAUAUAAUCUACAACAAAGAAAUGAUAAUGCGGGCCUCAAAAUUAAUCAUUACUGCCCGAAGGUGCAUUUCUAAUUAUUAAUGUAAAGAAAUUUUAUGUGACUGAGCGUGAGGUGUUAAGACCUCAGGCGUAUGUUAUAUGUCAUAGAAGUCUGGCGGAUGCUUUCCGGGGACAAUAAAACCGGAGGACUCGACCGGUGUUGUUUACUACUCAGUUUUUUUCUCAAAAAGCAGCAGGUCGUUUUCGAUCUUCUAUAAGCAAUUUUUUUUAAAAAUUUCCAAUGUAAAAAUGAACCCUAGAUGAUUUAUUACUCAUGAUCUAUGGUAUGCGCCUAUAGUUGGGAAAAGUCUAUUUUCGGCCGAAGUUCAUGUUCUAUGUACGAUGCCCAUAGAAAAAUUCGUCAUGCCACCCUAGUCCUUGUAAUAAAACGAACGUAUUAUCCGCUUGUUUUGCAAAGUGGGGUGCAUCCUUGUACAGCUGCAAUGUCCGAAGGUAGACCAUAGGUCUUCCAACAAGCCAGCUCGUGCAGGGUUGACUGCUUGAGAAUAAAACCAUAUUCAAGACCAAGAACCUAUGGCCGCCGAAUAGCCCAGAUUGAUAACGUUCGCUUCGUAUUCUUAUCGAAAAGGCAGUUGCAAAAGGAACUUUUAAAACGAGCCGUUUACAACUUGAAUUGAAGCACCAAUCGCGUUGAGUAAUCGUUAUGUUGAAUAAAUAUGACUGUCAAAAAUGACACUUCCAGUUUACGACAAAAAAUUGUUGAAAGAUCUGUGUCUAUUUCGGUACAGCCUUAUAAAUAAAGCAU